AUGACUACGGCUUCUAUUCGACGGCAGCGCCAACCGUCGCUUGCACCUCUGGUCUUUCUCGCCUCAGUGGUCUCUCUUGUACUGGCUGAGCUUCCCGGAAGAAACGAUGCCAUACUGCAGCUGGGUGACGCUGGUGCCGCCAACCUGCUACCACCGCCGGCCAUCCCCCUCCACGCGGACUUCCCCGGUCUCAGCCCGGCCUACGGGUUCGAGCCGGCGAAAGCACUUUUACGUCGUGACGGUGGCGGCUGCGCUUCCAAUUUCCACUCAUGUGAGGUCCCCGAUCUGACGUGCUGCUGCUCAGCUAACCAUUUACUCGCUCGUCUGCUCGCUCUAGGUCUUGAUAUCAACUCCUCUCUCUGCUGUCAGAAUAGCAAGUACUGCUUCAUCGAUCCCACUAGUCUCGGACCUGCCUGCUGUGACAUCGGAUCGGUUUGCGGGUCCUCUUGCAGCGCCUCUCAGUACGAGUGCAAUGCUACCACAACCAUUACCCUACGUGCCCCCACGACAGGCUCCUCCUCUGGUUCUUCGGCCACUGCAAUUGCUCUUGCUACAUCUACCACUAUCUCUGUCUAUUCCGCUUGCUGUGCCCGCCGCUGCCCCCAGACCAGCAUGUUCGCUUGUGCCAGUAGCCUCGGCAACGGCUGCUGCAGCUAUGGACAGACCUGCGCCAGCAGCAGUCAAUGCAUGUGGACUACUAGUACUAGUUCUAGCACUGGUGGGAGCAGUAAAAGCACAAAAAGCAUAAGCCUCACCUCGGCCACGUCUACCAGCAGCUGUGGCACCAGCCAGAUCACCUGUCCGACUGCUCUUGGCAUUGGCUGUUGCGCCUUGGGCUAUGCUUGCACUGUUGUGACCAGCCAGCUAUUCUGCGCGCAAGAGACGGCAAUUGCGGUGACUAAAAGCAACAGCAGUGGGCUGUCCUCCGGUGUCAAGGUAGGUAUUGCCGUGGGCGUCAUUAUUGGCGCCGCUGCCAUCAUUGGCGGCGGUACGUGGGUGUGCCUUCGCCAACGACAUCGACAGUCGUCAGCUGGCAGCCGCUCUGAGAACCCGCGCGACUUUGACCCGUACCAGAUGGCCAACAGCGAUGGACAGCCGGGCGGCGGAGGGGCUUUCUUUCUUGGUGGCAAUCCUCACAGUCAAACGCAGUCCUCUGCGAUGGCAGACUCUCCCGUUCGUUCCUGGCGGCGGCCGCUGCACCUCCGUCGCAAUACUACAUCCGGAAGUAACAACAGCGCUCCUGAAAGCGGUCCACCUGGUGUUCCUACGGGUGCCAUGGAUCGUGAAGGCGACCUUGUGCCGUUAUACGGCCCUGGCGGCUUGGAGAUGUUCCCUCCGAGAGUCGACGCAGCUCAUGGCGCAGACCACGGCGUACCCGUUACUCCUCAGGCGCCAUACGAUAUCGUGGCACCAGUCGAGAUCGAUUCGACCGCCGUGAUGCGACCUGAGAGAAUCGGCGGCAGUGCGGCAGCAGCUGGACCGCCAUUUCAUGCGGUAAGCGAACAGUUUGAACUAGAUGGCUCUGAAGUACCGCCAGCAUCGUCCUAUACACAUACUAGAGCGCCAUCGCAGCAGCAGGCUCUUGGCGCCAGCUCUAGCUCGGAUGCGGCGGCUGCCCAGACUGACGAGUCGCCCAUCGUGCCGCGGUAUAUACCGUCUGGUUUGCUAGAUUCAUUGUCAUAG